UGGAUGCUUGGGUAAACCUUUGUCACAAAGUGGGUGGAUAACCAAGAAUAACGACAAAAAAAGACAAAUAGAGGCGGCAUGAUGGAUAAAUAAAUAAAUAAAUGCCCCAUUCGCUGUCUACUUCCUGGUGUUCAUCGCAAAUGAGCUGUUAGCGGAUAGCCAUGUUUACGGUUGAAACGGAACCGGGCAUACUCGUUUACGCGCUCACGCAAAUUUGACGGACGUGCAUUUUUUGUUUUGAUCAAGACGUGUAGCAGAGAAGAUAUUUUCCGAUGACAGGACAAUGCAAUCAGCGUCAGAUCAGGUGAACGCGCUAUCGCUAUCCUGUCAUCUCUAUGCCGAGUCUAGGCUUUUAACCUAAAUCCCAAAGCAGAUAUUUGGGAACACUGAAAAGGAUAUCAACGUUUAUUUUUAAGAGCUGUUUUCACGGUGUCGUCGCUAAUAUCGGGGAAGAUUUGUAGAUCACUGAUGGCGUCAAAAUCUAGGGUCUCCAUUCUGGAUUAUUUCAAUAUCGUCUGCGAGGGAGAAAAUGGCAAAAUUGAAUCAAACUGCAAAGCUUGUGGCACAAGAAUUCAGGCUAAACGGACAGUUACUUCUAACUUUGUUACACAUUUAAAGCGUAAACAUCAGGCCAUGUAUGAUGAAUUUGUGAGGAAGAAAGAUGUGAAAAGAGAGGCUAUGCAGACAUGUACCGGUCCUCCAAGUGGACGAGUGAUCCCUCAAACUGCUGCAGGGAUGAACAAGUUUGACUACAGCGACCCUCGGCAAUCGCUAAUCUCUGAAGCUAUCGCUAAGAUGAUCAUCCGAGACCUGCAGCCGGCGCAAAUAGUGGAAUAUGAGGGUUUCCGUGAACUCCUCCAGCUCCUGGAGCCCCGAUACAUACCUGUACCAUGUCAUUAUAUACAACAGCAGCUCCUGCCAGCUUACGUCUCACAAGUGCAACUGGCUGCAAAGCAGGCAUUAAAAGGAGCAGAGUCCUGCAGUGUGACCCUUGACCUCUGGAGAAGCAGCUCUGUGGGUAACAGCUGUGGUGCUGGGUAUCUUGGAGUAACUUGCCACUUCAUUAAUGCAGACUGGCACAUUAGAUCUGCCCUUUUAGCCUGCUUACCCCUUCCAGACCACAGCAACACUCAGCAAAUGCUCAGCGAGUUUGAUGAGAUCUCCGAAUCCCACGGCAUCACUGGAAAAGUGUUCAGAGUGGUCGCUGACCUGUUGCCUUGUGAAAGCAGAUCUGAUUUUCGUCUUCCUGGCUUCAGUCUAAUUGGAAAUGGUGAAGAAGAUGAAGAAGGAGAGGAAGAUGGUAGCAAUGGAGAUCCUGGAGAAGGGGAAUCCAAGGAAGGCGUUAGUAGCAACGAGAACCACAGGUCUUUAGAUCAGUGUCUCGGUCGAAGUAGGAUUGACUGCUUUGCCCGAUUAUUAGCUCAGUGCAUAAAGGAGGGAGUUUGCGCUUCUCCUCAUAUAUCGCUUCCUCUAAACAAAGCAAGUCUCCUCUACAACUACAUAAUUGCUACAGUGGCUCCUGAAAAACUUGUCCAAGUGUUUGGCACCUCAACAAAUUGGCAAAGACCCUCAUCCACAGACAAGUGGAACGAUCAGUUAAAAAUACUGCGCCAAAUGGUGGACUCGAUGGAUUUCCUUGAGGAUAUUGUGGACAGGAAUGACCUAGUCUUGGGUAAUUUAGAGAAAGCUCUUCUGAGAGAGCUGGUUGAGGUGCUGGAGCCUUUUGAGGAGGCCUCAGACAUGGUUCAAGGAGACAAGCAUGUGUCCAUCAGCCUAGCACUGCCAUGUGUGUUGGGACUGCGCAAACAUCUGGCUGAGGUCGUAACUCAACAGUGCUCUGGGAUCGUGAUGGGAUUGUCUCAAGCUUUGGACCGCAGACUGGCAGGCAUUCUUGAGGACCCUCUUUAUGUAACAGCCACCACCUUGGACCCACAGUUCAAGCUGUCCUGGAGCAGUGACAGCGACUGGCACAAGCAGGUGCUGCUGGACGAGGUUGGAAAGCAUACUCGGACUUUGAGUCCAAUAGAGCAUUACUCUGAGGCCCAGCCGUCUCCGUCCAAACGUUGCAAGCUUUUCUCUUUCAUUAAGCAGAGGCCGACCAUGCAGGCCAAGACUGUGGAGCAGGAGCUGUCCACGUAUCUCCACGAAGAGCCGACGGAUGAAGAUCCACUACAGUACUGGAAACGCAAGUCCAUCGAUUUCCCUUUGCUCUCACAAGUGGCCAAGAAAGUUUUUACUGUGCCAGCAACAACCACGUCAGUGGAUCAGAUAUUUAACACGGUUAGCAAGACUCUUAGGCCAGAUCAAUGCCGAUUUCUGCCAAAAAACUUGGACACUCUGAUUUACUUGAAGGCUAACUAUAGGAUACUCUGGUCUUAAUUAUAUUUCCUUUGAGCUGAUAUCAAACCAAACACCUCAGAUACAAAACAGGAAUCGUGCCUGAUACAAAAACUGCAGAAUUACCCCAAAGUAAACAAAUACUUUAGUUAGCAAAUGUUUCCUUUUUUAAGUAAGUAAAAGGCUAGACUUAAAGGCCGUGACACACCAAGUCAACAUGAAAGAUCUAACACAGACAAAUCCAACUGUGUUGUCAUCUUGGAUUGACUGCAUCUCAUCCCUUCACUCGAACACACUACAAGGACUACAGAUAACUACAACUAGCAUGUGCAUCAUGCACCUGUGUGUGAGCAAGCGUCACCACCAGCUAUAUAUUCCUCAUUCAAAAGGGAAAAAGAACUGGAACUGCAGAUAUGCAAACCAUAAACUAAACAGGACUUGCUUUUCAUUUUAACAUCAAUGAGGUUGAUCACUUUCCAGACUCAUGUUGCGAUGAACAUUUAGCAUUGAAACACUCAGGUAAUGAUAAUGCAUAUGAACUUUUGUCUGUUCGGUCUUCAAUUCUUUGCUCACUUUUAUUCUCAUGCUAAAUUAUGUAAAAACAACCUACUAUUAUAGGUAAACAUUUACAAUAAUUCACCAUUUUUAAUAAUACCCCUGUCAAACAUUAUUUAUUGUCCCCUAUCUAUCGAUCUACCUAUUCUAACUAUUUAAAUAUUUUAAUA